UGCACUGUUUGAGGAGUGUUUCCAAUUUGGUUUCACGUAUAAAAACAUACUGUGCUGAAUAUCUGGUAAAUUCACGAAAUUCUGCAGUGCACUACAACAGAUCAGAGUCCAAAUGAUAAAAUGGAGUGGUUAAACAGCACAUGUGAUGCACUUUAGGGAAUAGGGAGUAAGGGCACCAUUUCGGAUGGAGACUGUUAAUUAUUUACUCCUACCUUACCUCUGCAAGCAUGUAUUAUAUAAGAGCUCUGUGACUUUGCUGUGAGAUUUGAAGGCGAUAUUUUUGUUUCAUUAUACAUUAUACACAUACACUAAUCAGAGUUCAGCUAACUGAAAGCUCUUACACCAUAUACUAUCACCUGAUACUUAAAAUAUUUAAGACAUGACAAGUGUUCAGAUGAGUGCUAAGGAUGAGAUGGUUGAACAGUUCCUGGAUUAUGCUUCCAGGGGUGACUUGGCCAAAGUUUCCACUAUGAUCUCUCACUCCAGUCAACUGCUCAAUGAAAGUGGGAGACAAGGAUGGACAGCCUUAAUGUUGGCUGCGAGAAACGGACACUUUGAUGUCAUAAAGGCAUUACUUUUAAAUGGGUGUAAUAAGUACUUGGCGAAUAAGUCGGGUCAAACUGCUUAUGACAUAGCAAAAUUCUGGGGACACAGACACAUUGCCCGUUUCUUAGCUAGCAAUGGGGAUGUCACGCUUCCUGGGAUUCUACCAAGCAAUAAAUCUACAGAGACUGAGACGUACUUCAGUAAAGAAUAUCUCAACAGAAUGAGUGAUAAAAGGACUGAUUCAGAAUGGCUUUCAGCUAAACAGUCUUCUCCAGAAACAGUGUUCAUUGUGUUUCAUAACCUGGACCCUUUUGUUACAACAGAGCCAGAGGAAAGAAAUGAUAUUCAACCUCAGUUAAAACUGUACCGGUUUGGAGGGGACUCUGUAAAAGAGGUUCUUGAAAACAGUGACACAGUGGUUGUUUUUCUGGGAGUAGAAAAGCAGGAAGCUUCACCUUCUUCACUGGUGUCAAACAAGGAUGGACUCAUUGCAUGGUUUGCUCUAAACACCAAGAAGAAUCCUACAGAAAGUCUUAAGGUCACAGCUUCAAACAGCUUCUUCCUUACAAAUCCAAUGCCAAUGCUCCUAAUGCUAAAUGAAGAUGAAGCAGGUAUUGUUGCAGAAGCCAGGUCUGUUCUCGCUUGGCACAGCCGGUACAGUUUCUGCCCAACCUGUGGUGGUAAGACCAAAGUGGAUGAAGGAGGUUACAAAAGAACCUGCUUGACAGAUGGCUGCAGGAGUCUACAGGGAAUCCAUAAUACCUGUUACCCUAGAGUUGAUCCAGUUGUGAUCAUGCUGGUUCUUCAUCCAGAUGGGAAUCGGUGCCUACUUGGAAGAAAGAAGUCAUUUCCUCAAGGAAUGUUUUCAUGUCUUGCUGGCUUCAUUGAACCAGGAGAGACCAUUGAAAAUGCAGUAAGGAGAGAAGUUUUAGAAGAGAGUGGAGUUACUAUUGGCCCUGUCCAGUAUGUCUCUAGCCAGCCAUGGCCAAUGCCUUCAUCACUCAUGAUUGGUUGCUUUGCAGUAGCACUAUCUACAGACAUAAAGGUGGAUAAAAAUGAAAUUGAAGAUGCUCGCUGGUUCACGAGGCAAGAGGUAAUAGAUGCUCUUGUGAAGGGAAACCAAGCCGUUUUUUCCAUGCCUCCAAGACAAGCUAUUGCCCAUUAUCUUGUGAAACACUGGAUUGGUAUAAACUCAAAUCUUUGAACUCAAUGUUACCAGGAUGUUUUCAGAGGAGAAGAGACCCAACAGUGAAUCUUUCACCAAAACUUUUAAUUAAUAUAAUUAUUAUGAAUAAAUUGUAAAAUUAUUAUAGAAAUAGAUGUGACUGACCAGAUUGUCAUUCCAACUAGCUUAUAAAUCACUACACUUGUACAUUCUACUACUUUUCAUUCUUUCAGAGCUGGUGGUGUAUAGUUUUUUGCUCGUUUUCUUGCAAAAUACCAACAGAAGAUUCAACUCCUUGUGUUUAUGACUGGGUAUCCUAUAAAAGGUCUCACUUUAUCCUGGUAUUGCUCUUUUUGAGAGAUAUUUUGUCAAAGAAUUUAGGAAUUAUACUCUGAAUUUUUAUCUUUCUGCAAAGCUUCUUUUUGACAAUGUCCAUUGUUAAAAGUGCUAUACAAAUAAAAUUGAAUUGAAAUGAAAUGAGAAAGAUUAGCAACAUGCCCAAGUUGUUCCAGCAGAAAUAUAAAGGGGUAGAAGACUGUUGCCAAAUGAUGAGAAAUGUUGCCACAUAAAAACACGUUGCCUGUUUAAAUGAACAAGGCAAGAAAACAAGAACUGAUUGGUUGUCUGUUGCUAAUCUCUCAGAUGUAACAUUCUGGCACAUCCUCAUUUCACACUGUACAUGUUUUUUGCUUAGCAUGUUAGUGGCGUUUAGCAUGACUGUACCUCAGGGUUAAGCCCCGUGUAAAAAACCCAGACAUAUCAGACACAGCGAAGCAAUGCCUAAUCCAUUCUGAGGUACAUCCACACAAGCAAAUUAUUGGGCUGUUCCACAGUGCACUGGUUUCAUUGUACUUAUGAGCAUUUGAGAGCAAACUGAAGCUGAAUUCUGUUAAUAAGGCAUGUACUGAGACUACAGUACAAGAGAGCUAAUACACUGGUUUACAAAGCGCAUAAAUUGUCGAGUGAAAGUUGUAUGUCUAAUAUGUUAACCUGUAUGAAGAGAUAAUGUAGACGACAGGAGAUACUGCAGUGCAUCCAACAGUUUAUGCAACCAGUGUUGCUGCAUUCUGGCCAUGUUUUUACUUGUUACUGACAGGCCUUCUGUGUGCUCUACCCAUCAGACUGGAAAUGCUGUCCCAGAUGAAUGGGUCAUUGUACCUUUGUCCCCUGGAAGCAACUGCAGCAUUCCAAAAUGUUCACAACAGGUCACACUCUUUUGUAUGUGUGCAUGCUUCAUCUCUCUGGCAGUUAUGUGCAGGUAAAU